AUGAAAGUGCAGGGUAGUUGUGCCAUGAAGCCCCCAAUGCUGGGUCCGUUUGACGGCAGACGCAAGCGAUCGCGCUGCCAACGCUGUGCAGCCAGCCAUCUCAAGUGCUCGGGGGCGCACCCUUGUGCCAACUGCAACCGCAGCAGCAAGUCAUGCAUCUACGUGGCCGCCAGCACCGACGUGCCAAUUAUUAUCCUCGACAGCAGCAGGCAUAGGAGCCCGGCGGCCAAGUCGGUUGUCCGGCAGAGGCCGGUCGCGCCCCGGGCGAGCCCCGCUAUGGACGACGAGCGAUACUUUUAUUACUUUGACGUGUUUGCGCAGCGCAACAGCUUUAGCGGCAAGACUCGCUUGUUUACAGAUGAUGUGAAGCGGAUGGGUGAACUGCAGAGGCUGCCCUAUUUUCUCAACUCGAUACGUGCUCUGGGUGCCCUUCAAGCGUACAAGCUGGGCUCGCCUUGCCAAAGCCGUCAUGCAGGUGACGCUUAUACGAGCUAUGUUUUGUAUUCGCAAGCCGUUAUCGGACUGCGAAAAAGUCUUGACAGACAGCAGAAUGGCAUGUCUGAUUCGAAUCGAACGGCACUUCUAUGGACGACGCUGUUUCUCGGCAUGUUUGAGCUCAUGUCAGACAACAGCGGAAUGGGAUGGCUCCAGCACAUGGUGCACGGGACUGCCAAGGGAUUGGCGGCAUCGGGACCGUCCAUCUGCGACACGGCGACGGGAGCGCGCAUCUUUCAACAGGCCAAGAUGUUUGAGGUGUGCCGGACAAUUGUGUUCAACGACCGGUCAUUCCUGACGCAGCCCGAGUGGAGGAAGGCGUCGCAGAGGCUAUGGUCCGACGGUGGCCUCUCAGAGGAGUGGCGGCCGCUGGACUCGCUGGUCGAUAUCAUGCUGCUCUGUCCAGACUUACGAUAUAGAGCAAACCGCUUUUGCAACGCCGAGGACGACAACCCCAGCCAGGGCAUACCGGAUGAUGCGCGCGAUAUUGCCAGCACGGGCAUGGCACUGCGAGAGGCGCUAAAUGCAUGGCACAAAGCCCACCUGGCGGAUGAGCAGGUGGCGGAGAGCCGCCGUGACGCAUCCCCCGUCAACACCGAGGACGAGUGUAGCUUGCUGACCAGGCUCUUCUGGGCUGCCAUCAGCAUCUACCUCUCGGGCGAGUUUGACUAUGAGAUGCACCACUGGACACGCUUCGGGCUGGCAGUGCCGACGUUUGACGCAGAGACGGUGCACGGGCACGUCGCGACGAUCCUGGCGCUCACCGAGCACGCACUCGAGAGGAGCUCUCUGUCGCCACUGCUGUUUCUGUUCCCGCUGCGCAUCGCGGGGGCGCGCUCGGUGUGGGCAAGCCGGGACCAGCGCGCGCGGGUGCUGCGCAUCCUGGAUGCGAUUUCGGAACGCUUCGCCGUCGGGCACGCGAUCCGCGAGGGGCUGACGGAUGCCUGGUUAGAGAUGGGCGUGGUGGUGAACGACUGGUGA